ACCGUUUCGUCAUUGAGUCGACCGAUCGCGGCGUAGCGUCUGGUCUGGUCCUUGCUCAGUUGUGACCUCGUGUAAAUCGUAACCAGACGUAUAGUGAAAAUGGCUAUCAGCAGAUUAUCAAUCAUUAAAUUCUUGGAGUUGGCGUUGACGUGCGCAUGCGUCGCGCUACACUACCACAGCUACAAUGCCGAUGCCGACAUCGGUAUGCUGGUCACCGGCACCUUCAUCGGGUACCUUAUCAUCUUUGCUGGUGCUGCUGCAGGAUAUAUAAUGCAAACACCGAGUCAUAAACGCAUCGACAUCUUUUACUCACUCGUCGGUGUGUGUUUGUUUGUGGCGAGCGGAGCCAUUAUCAUUGACAGAUAUCAGCAUUAUGGGAGAAGUGAACUAAAAGACAAAAAUCUUGCGAAGGCUUCUCUAGCAAUCAUCAACGGUGCGCUUUUGCUCGUAGACGCCGUGUUGACUCAGCGAGGUGGAUAGAUGGCGCUUAAAUAUAAAAUUAUAUUAUUAUUGCAUAAUAUUUAUAAGUUAUUGAGCUAACGACUUGUAACCCUUUUAUAAGAGUAGUAGAGUAGUAAUUAGGACUUACGAAGAUUUUCUAUGUUUUUGACGAUACAAAUUUAUAAUGGUAAAUAUAAUUUGUAUUAUACAGACUUUCCUCACUGCCAACGGGAAACAGUAAAAUAUAGAAAAAUACAAACAAAUAUGUACAUCCUUUCUAUCGAUAAAACAGAAU